AUCCACAGCUAAAUGUUGUACAUCAGGUUUCUAGUUCGGCCAAAGAACUCUCAGACUGGCUUCUGUCUGAAGAAAGUUUGAUUUCUCUGCACAGAUUUGGGUAGCCUGUAACUUGACCUUGAAGAUGGCAUCUCAAGGUUACCUGUGGCUCCUGUUUGUGUUCACCUUGCCUGGUGAUGUGUUCGUCGUGCAAGCCCCUUUCCUAUCUCCUUUCUUCUUUUUGUGUAAUUACCAUGGAAACGUCCAGGAAUUGGGUGUUGAUCAGGGGGAAGUUGCUCUCAGUGUGUCUGUAUCGGGAAACCCGGAGUACUACGUUCCUGGGAAAUUCUAUGAAAUAACGGUGUCCUCUAGCAUGAACUUUAAUGGCUUUCUGCUGACUGGUCUGUAUACACUGUCAGACUUUGCUGCUGUUAAUCUGCCUGGGUUUACGAACCCUGCUGUACAGGCAGGCCAUGCUGUGGGACAAAAUCUCAUGUGCUCCAUUGUCCACUCCCACAUGAGCCGUAAGCCUCAGCACCAACUGUCAAUCAUGUGGCUGUCUCCGCCCUCCGGUACAGGCUGCAUAAGCUUCCUAGCAACUGCAACUUUAGGUGACCAGGUGUUGUUCAAAGACACAACAGUUUUACACAUGUGUGAAGAAGGAGCUCCAACCAUGACCCCUCUGAGACCCUUGCUAACAUCCAUCAAUUCUGAUGGUGUCAUACUUAGAGAUGAUUUUGAGUCGGGUAAACAAUUCAAUAAAUCCAUUUGGGCGCUGCAUGACGGCACAGGGGUGAGUUCACAGUGUGGCACAGUCCUUCAUGGGGAUGGGGCGGUGUUCUGUGAUGAGCCAGGCAUCAGGACGCUGACAUCAGUGCCAUUAAACCUGACCACUACCUCUGUGCUCCAGUUUGCUAUCACUGCUGGAAUGUGCCGAAGAAACCCGGGCUUGGACAAAACUCAUCUCUGUCCAGUUUGGCUUAAAUGACUGCACUGACUGGAGAAAUAUUGAAAGUCUCAGUCCUCCGUACCACAACCUUGCUGAGAUUCACCUGGUCCAUAUACCUGAGGAAGCUCGUUUGCCAGGAACCUGUUUGAGAUGGUUCCAGCCGCGGUCUGGAGGUGCGUACAAAGGAUGCUGGGUACUGGACA